UAAAAAAAGAAGCGUAAAUACGGCAGUUUUGGACACAGAACACCACAGAAAGCAAAAGUACUGGCCCAAUGGUUUGUGAAAAGUGUGAGAAAAAGUUAGGAAAGGUCAUUACACCCGACCCAUGGAAAGCAGGCGCCCGAAACACAACCGAAGGUGGCGGUAGGAAAAUCAACGAAAACAAAGCACUCACCAGCUCGAAAGCGCGGUACAAUCCGAUCGCAGGAAAUUUCGCACCGUGCCGAAUAUGCAAACAGAAAAUUCAUCAAGCCGGAUCGCACUAUUGCCAGCAGUGUGCGUACAAAAAAGGAAUCUGUGCCAUGUGCGGCAAGAAGUUGCUAGACGUGAAGAGCUAUCGACAAUCUUCUGCCUAAAAUUUACCCCAUUGCACUCUUCAAUACGCC